AAUUUCCGGAGAUGACGUUAGUGAUUCAAAUCGAGAAUUUUAUUUUCCUCUCUUUUUUGAAGUGGCAACGUUGAAAGAUUUCCGGCUGUAUGUAAACAUGAAAUUUUAAAUCGAGUUUAAAAUUACAAUUCAAUUUUUGCGCAAGAAUAAUGCGAAAUGUUCGCGAAAAAAACCAGAGAAUAUCCACGAAUAAAAACCGUAGAAAAACUUUUAAAAAUGAAGUUUCAUAACAGUAGUACUAAAAUUCAAAAUGAUGCAGUAAAGCUCACCACUGAAGUUUUAGGAGUUUUUAUAGCGGAAGCUGCUGCACGAUCAGCUGUACAAGCACAGAGUGAAUCUUCAGAUGACAAAGGCAUUAUACCAGUCGUCACAAAUCAGCAUUUAGAAAAAGUUUUACCCCAGUUGCUGCUUGACUUUUGAAAAUUGGAUUGUGCUACUUAAAUAUCAUGUACUGAAGUUCUUUUGUAUGUUUGUUGUACACAAUGUAAAUAAAUAAAAGAAGUUUUUAGACCAA